AUGGGGCACAGCGGCGAAUGCGAAAAGGACCAGCAUGCCCGUUGCGGUGUUGUGUCUUGCUUUAACAUGGACCUCGCCCGUAUCUUCUUACUGUGGGCGCUGAUCGCGCUCUACAUGCUGUUUGGGGCAGUUGUCUUUUCUGCUCUGGAGAGACCCACAGAACUGAAAGCCUACCAGCUUUGGGAGAGGCAUCUGGAAGACUUCUCCCGUGAACAUCGAGUUCACCCUGACGUCCUGCGCGUUCUGCUCAAGCAGUACGAGGAGGCCACUGCUGCUGGGGUUCGGGUGGAGCGUCGUCGACCGAGAUGGAACUUCUCAGGAGCCUUCUAUUUUGUGGCCACCGUGGUCUCUACAAUAGGAUUUGGAAUGGCAGCACCAGCGACCAUCUCUGGAAAAGUUUUCCUGAUCUUCUACGGGCUCAUUGGUUGUUCAGCAUCCAUCCUUUUCUUCAAUCUCUUCCUUGAACGUGUUAUUACCUUCAUAGCAUCCCUCAUUCGCCGGUGCCAUAAGAAGAGACAGUCUGGGUUAAAUGGUGUCAACAACACGGGUGAUGGAAACGGAGAAGCUGAAUGGAAGCCCUCCGUGUAUUACGUAACGGCAGUACUGGGGUCGAUGGCACUACUUGUUGCUUGUGGAGCUUCAGGUCUUUACUCAGCCAUGGAGGACUGGGAUUACCUGGAGUCUUUGUAUUUCUGCUUCGUGGCUUUCAGCACCAUGGGUUUUGGGGACAUGGUUAGCGGGCAGAAGGAGCAUUACGAGGCAGCAUGGGUGUAUCAGAUCGUCAACUCCUUAACCAUCCUCUUGGGUGUCUGCUGUACCUACGCUCUCUUCAAUAUCAUCUCCAUCGUUAUCAAGCAGAUGCUCAACUGGAUAUUGAAGAAGCUGCUGUACGUCAAGUGCUGUCCCGGCUCGGGUCAGCGUCGGCGGGGCCAAGGGUUAGCGCUAUCUUGCUGCUCUUUCACGUGUCUCCAUGACCGCAGCCCAGUUCAGCAGCAACAGCAGCAGCAGCGGCAGAAGAUUCAAAUCACAGCCAGCCACCAAGGCCAACACUGGAGCUGUCACGUGGUGAUGUCAUCACUGCCCUCUACCUCAAGACCUAAAUGCAGGUGCGCCAUUGCCACAGUGGAGACGGUGUGCGGGGGUGAGGUGCAAGGCGCAGGGGAGACGGCCUCGGACUUUGAGUGCAGAUUUUCCGGGGAAAUGGUUUGCGAAAGCGACGACUCGGAUACACUCUCCAAGGCUGCGACGCGGGAAAGUCCUGCAGCGGCCAGUGCAGCCUUUCUCCAUGUUCGUCACAAUAGCCUUCCUGAAGGUGUCAGUGCGAUUUCUAUCUUAAAUAAAAGGCUUCAAGAGGCAAGGGUCAAUAUAUAA